UAAAUACCCAAUACAAUGCACCCUAUCUCGGUUGCUGGCAUAACCCUUUCGUGUCCAGUAGCUCCCUUCACUUGCAGGAGUGGGUCACCUUGAAGGGCGUAAGCUAAUUUUGCGCCCUGUGACGACGCCUGCGAUAAACUCGGUUGCCACCUCCGAUAUGCCGAUCCCCUCCUCACGCCUUGGCCCAAACUCUCGUUGUGCAAAUUGAAUUAGACAUGAGCGCGUCAGGCUCGCCACGAGGGGAUACGUUACUUGACGAGGACGACUGGCUCUCGUGGCUACACCAUCAUGACGAGGUCCUGGACACUAAUCCCGGGCUCAAUAGCGGGACGGUGAAUACAGAAGCCGAUGUUACCGACGACGGCCCGUCCCAGACAGGGUUGCACCACCUAUCAAUCGAAACUUUGGAAUCCAUAGAUUGCACAGCUUCUGGGGAUCUCCCAUCCAGUGACACUUUGGCUGAAGAUGUCUCAUGGCUAUCGUCUAGCGGAUACUAUGGUGCACCAUCAGAUUCCUCGGUGGGCUCUGUGGAAUCACUGACUUCACCAAUUGCAUCGGCUUCUCGACUGAGACGAAGAAGGAGGCAAGCACGCCAGAAUAUCAACACCACAAGAGAAAGGGAGACAACCAAGCGACGAUACCAGUGCACCUUUUGCACGGAUGCCUUCAAAACAAAGCAUGACUGGCAAAGACAUGAGACAACCAUGCACUUGACUCUUGAGCAAUGGAAAUGCUCAAGAUAUGGCCCAACAAUACAGCAACCAGAUGGCAAUUCGUACUGCAUCUUCUGCAACUGUCCCAAUCCCUCGACAGAACAUCCAGAGCUUCAUAACUACUCAGCCUGUGCUGCCCAACCAGAAUCUGCACGACUAUUCCACCGCAAGGAUCACUUGCGGCAGCAUCUGCGACUCUUCCAUCAAGGCUGCAACUUCAACGACUCCAUGAAAAGCUGGCUUUCGUCAAUAGAUGAUGUGAGAUCCAGAUGCGGAUUUUGUGAUGCUCAACUGGGCACUUGGACCGAGAGACAGAAGCAUCUUGCUUUACACUUUCGCGCAGGUGCAGACAUGAGACAAUGGAAAGGUGACCGCGGUUUCGACCAACAGAUUGAAGAACUCGUGGAGAAUGAUAUGCCCGCCUUCUUGAUUGGCGAUCAGCGCCGAACCAUGGAGCCAUUCUCUGCCUCGCGGGUAGAUCAUCGUGUCGAUACGUAUGCUCUGAACCCAUUUAGCACGAAUGAAGCGAGCCCUGGACAGAACUUGAAAGAGUCAGAGGUUCCUCAUUCUCAUCAAGAGGUACAGAGGCUCUUGUUACAGUAUGUAUCGACUGAGAUCUCGCAAGGCCAUGUGCCCUCAGAUCGCCAGAUACAAAGAAAGAUGAGCGAGAUUAUCUAUGGGCCUGAUAACUCCUGGGACUCUACUUGGGCUGAUAAUCCUCAGUGGAUGGAUAUGUUUCGGAAGAAGGCUGGAUUGAUUAGUUUACCUCUGAGUGGAGGGAAGAAUGCAUUCAUUGGGUUCUAGGUUGGACAUUUCUACCAUUCAUCGACAUUACUACUCAUACAAGAACAAACUCUGAUGAAAAAGAUAAAGUAUCCCAAUCACGCAACCUGGCUGACCAACUUAUCAAACUCAUCAUCUGUAUGCUCCUGAAACGUCCUAAACUUCUCAUCCAACAAGGUCUCGCCAUUUCUAAACCUCUGCAUCGUCAGCUUCUUCCCAGACAAUCUCUUCGCCUCAAACAGAUCCUCAACAUCGACUAGCUCCGGCACAACCGUCGUGCGGAACUCAUACGGCACUCCACUGUUCUUUAUAAGGCCAAUGCUAGCUUCAAGAAGCUUCGGCUUGACCUUGCGACCUGUAACGCGCUUGUAAUUCUCCAAAGCACAUUUGAUGUCCAUCGCAACAAAGUCAACGAGAUUUUCGGAAAAGACUUGCUUGAGAAUGUCGGGGGAUGUGCCGUUUGAGUCGAGCUUUACGCUAAUACCUGCGGCUUUGAGGAUUCUGAGGAAGGGGAGGAGGCCUUUGUGGAUUGUCGGUUCACCGCCUGAAACAACGAGUGACUUGUGAGACGUUGAUAUAAUGUGACGAAAGAUGUCAACAAUGGUAACAUCGUCACACUCUCCCUGGACUAACGGGCCGUUGUGACACCAAGGGCAGGCGAGGUUGCAGCGGGAGGUGAACAUGAUGGAAGCCUGCAUCUUGCCUGGGUAGUCACUCAGAGUGCUCUUGAUGUAGCCAGCCACGGGGAGAUCCUGAAUCGCAGCGACUUGCUUCUCCAAGUCUUGAAACUCAUUGUCAUCAUUCACGCCCUCCAGCCCCGUCUCAUACUUGUACACCUUUCGUUGGACAAACUCCUUCGACUUGCCCCGAUUCCAAUCCCUCGUGGGUCGGAAGUACCCGACAAUACGUGAGUAAACGAGCGUCAAUUCCCCGCAUGCUGUGCACUCUGGUUGCUCACCCGCUCUGUAUCCGUGUGUCGGACAAAUACUGAACGUUGGAGUGAGUGUGAUGUACGGAAUGCGAAAGCGCGCAGUGAGAGUCUUGAUCAAGUCUCUAGCCAACUUCCAACUCGGCAACUGUUCGCCGAGAAAGGCAUGAAAGACAGUACCACCAGUGUAAGAACACUGAAGUGCCUCCUGAUGACCCAUAGCCUCAAAGAGAUCCUCCGUCGUGUCGACGGGGAGCAUCGUGGAGUUAGUGUAGUAAGUAGGAAUCUCCUUAUCAGGGAAGAGUUCCUUGUCUCGCUUGGCAAACUUGUAGCAUGUGCUCUCUGCCGGACUAGCUUCGAGAUUGUACAGGUUACCUGUUUCUCUCUGGAACUCUUGGAGUUGGUCUUUGAUGAACUCCAGAACUUCAAGGGCAAAGUCUUUUCGCUCGCCUAUACCUUGGCCGAGAAGAUCCACAAGUGCUUCAUUCAUCCCGUUGACUCCAAUCGUGCUGAAGUGAUUGGUCCAGUAUGAACCCGUGCGAUGCUUGGUAGCUGACAGGUAGUGAGCAGCAUAGGGAUAAAGCGUCGAAUUCUCGUCCACAAGCUUCCGCUUAAUCUCCAAAGAGUCCUUGGCCACUCUUAACGUGCUGGUCAACUCUGCCAUGAACGUCUCCUUCGAACCAUUAGAACGGUAUGCCAGAUUGGGCAGAUUAAUCGUGACGACUCCAACGGAGCCAGUCAAUGGGCUUGCGCCAUACUGACCUCCAACUCUGCAGUGAAGCUUACUGAGAUCAAGCCUCAGUCGACAGCACAUUGACCGGAAAUCUUCUGGGUCGAGAUCACUGUUGAUGAAGUUGGCGAAAUAAGGAACACCAUACUUGGCAGUCAUUUCCCAGAUAGACUGCCACCGAGGCGAUUCCCAAUCAAUCCCAUCCGACACGUUGUAAGUCGGGAUGGGAAAAGAAAAGAUAUUUCCGUUUCCAUCACCUUGCAUCAUGACUUCAGCAAAUGCCUUGUUGAGUAUGUCCAUCUCUUCCUGGAAGUCGCUGUACACCCAAUCGGUUCGAAGUUCGCCGCCAAUAAUAACACAUUGAUCGCCCAAUCGUUUCGGACAGAUGAGGUCGAGCGAGAGGUUUGUGAAUGGGGCUUGGAAACCACUUCGGGUCGGGACGUUGAGGGAGUAAACGAAGCUUUGGACGUACUUGAAGACAUCGGUAUAAGACAGAUUAUCGCUGCGGAUGAAUGGUGCAAGGUACGUGUCAAAGCUAGACAAAGCCUGGGCUCCAGCAAGUUCACCUUGUAGCGUAAACAGAAAAUUGACGAUCUGAUUGAGCGCGGUGUUGAGAUGUUUAGCAGGUCGACACUGGAUCUUAUUCUCAACGCCACCAAAACCUUGGAGGAGAAUAUCUUCAAUGCUCCAGCCAGAGCAAUACGCGCUUAGAAAGCCGAGAUCAUGGAUAUGGAAGCGAUUCUCGUGGUCAUAUUGUCGGAUUUCUUCGGUGUAGAUCUUUUCGAGCCAGUAUUGAGAGAUGAUUUGGUUGGAGACGUAUUGCAUGAGACCUUGGUGGGAGUAGGUUGAGUUGGCGUUUUCUGCGGUCUUCCAUGUUCCCUUGGCGAGAUACUCGUCUACAAGGCCAAUGUUGGAAGACAUGGUUGAAGUCUGGGAUGUAAUCGAGCAAUUAGAGGUGCAGUUGGUGCAUAAAACUGUAUGCGAUCUUGACACGAUAUGCAAGAUCGAUCUGUAAACUUUUCUCGCGGUUCAAUCAUUAUUUAAUACUCUACAUUGUUUACAUUCAACACGUCUCUAUAUCGCGUCUUUGCCAUCAAACCACCGUCAUUUCACC